AAAUAACCAGGGAAGUCUGGGUUAUUUGUUAUAAGUAAUAUUUCUUGGUUAGUCAGAUACCCUUAACACUAUUACUCCGUGCUUUAUGAACAGAAAUUCUUCUGUAUGGGAAAAAAACUAGAAAGCAGGAUGCUGUGAAACAUCAUCCUCGUCCAUCUUUGUCCCCUUUAUGCUUGCACAACAAAAGCUUAAGAGUACAUUAAGAAUGAAUGGCAGUAAUGUACUGAUGGGAAUACUUUCAUUGAAAGUGGACAAUGCAGGCUGGAUGAAGCCCAACACUUAAGGGUAUGAACCCUGUUGAUUAAUCCUUAUGUUCUCUUUCUCAUAUUUAACAUUGUAUGCACUUUAAAGUCUAGGAAGGUAGUUUGAAAAUGGUGGUAGCUCUUAUGCAAUAAAGAUUUAUCAAAAGGUGUGCAUUUGCUGAGCGGGAAGUGACAGGCACCGGGAAGUACUGAGUUGUCAAAUAACUCUCUGGCACUUGAGGGCUGCUAAGAAACUGCAUCAGGGAGAAAGGCUUUCUGUGAAGUUUUGGGGAACAUGGGAACAAAGCUAGGUGAAAAGCCAGCAUUAUCCUUUUUGCUUUGCUGGGGAAAUUCUUCCAGAGCCUGCAAGCUGUGCUUUAUUUUUUUUUUUUUCCCUUCUUCUUGGCUGUGCCAUCUUCAAUGUUUGUUUAUUUUUCCAAGGAGACAAUAUUUUAGGAUAGGGAGUGUCCUUUUGCCUUUGAUUUCUGUGUGAUGUUGGUUUACUGUUCAGAUAUGCAACUUGUUAAAAAGUUUCUAGCAACUUAUGUUCAUCUGUAGAAAUGUUGUUGGCUACCAGUAUCCUUUGCCUUUUACCGUUGCCAUUUCCAAUGCUGACAAUUUGUUGUCUUUCAAAGAUAUUUUUUUUUUUAAGAAAAUGAGAUGUUUUAACCUGCCAACGUCUGAUAACUGAUGGCUGUAUUUUUCUAUGUUCUAUGUAGUUAUUUCUAUACUAGUUACAGUAUUCAUUACCCUUUUGGAUUCUGAGCUACUAUUCAUAGAAAAGACAAGAAUCUGCAUGAGAAAACCUGUGGACUUGAUUAAUAUCCUUAAUUACACUGCACUGAACCAAAGGGUAAUAUUUCUUACUGGCUCCCGUUAAUAAUCAGUUAUGUCUCAAAGCAGUUGGAUCAAUAACCUAUACAUUUUUUUUUCUUGGGCACUGUGCAUAUUGUAUUAGUAUGAAAGUAUUAGGAUGAAGAAGGCUUCCAAUGUUAACUAAAUUCCUUCAGAAAUCUGCUAGUGAUUUACUGAAAGUUUGUCAAAUUGGAGAGGUUCAAACAGCUCAGCAGUUGGCAUUUUUUCACAGAAUGUUUGUUAGAGGACAUCAGCCAGCUCUGCUGAGUGCAGAGGACAUUAAGCAGGGAAAUAUUUUAUAUGGGCAUGUCUUCAGCUCUUUUGCCUGUUUGCCUGGUAAAGCACAAGCUAAUUCCCACUUUGUGUUCGAGCAGCUCUUGCAGCACAAGCAAGGGAGCACACUUAUAUAUUACUUUAGGUACAGCACUGUGUCAACAGCGCACUGGGCUGGGGCAGUGGGAUCUUAGCCUGUGUGUUGUACCCACGUAAUAGACAUGAUUUAAACUGGCUGUCCUUUGGCUUCAACUGUAAAUUCCAGGUUAAAUGUGUUGCGUACAGCAGUCUUCCGUGUACGCUUUGUGGUGGCCUGUGCUCCUGCUGGCUCACUGCACUGGGGUUCCUCUCAUUGUUGUUCAUCCUCUGAGUUCUGUCCUUAGAGCCUCUACAACCAUUGCCAAAUGAAUUAUCAAUAUGAUGUGUCUUUAAUUUAUUUGAUAGCCUCAUGGAGCCAAGGCGAUAGAGGAUGAAGCUUCUAAAGGCUACCGUUCAUCUGCAUGACUUUCAGUGCUCUGCUGAGUGCCUGUGUCUAUGUGGGUUUGAAACUGUCCCAAUGUAGAAUUAUUUCACUUCAUCCUCAGUCCGUAGCUGUAACUGUGACCUAACUGCAGCCAUAAUACUGACAACUGAUAGGCUGAGCUUUGCUCCCUGCAGUAUUAAAUCAUAAAGGCAAAACAUUGUAUUGCUGUUAGUUCUGUAGAGAGUGGAGGAAAAAGAAAUCCCUGAAGUGAAAGUGAUAGGAUGUGGAUAGCAGAUUUUAAUUGCUGCUUUCUCAGACAGUUAAGUCUGGUUAAAACAGAUUUUUCUGCUGAUUCGCAUGAAAGAAGACAACAUUUUAAAUAUUUAUGCGUAUGUGAAGACUUUCUAAAGUGCCCAGAUGGACCUCUCUAACUGUGUUUCUCUAAUAAUAUUUGUUAUGUUUUUUUCUGAUUGGCAGCCACUGGGCUCCAGUCAGGGACACCAUCCCUCCUCACCAUUGCCACUAGCCAGGCAGUGGGGCUGUCUGAUAUUCUUCCUGACGGCACCUGAAUAUUUCAGAGUAGAACUGCAGAGCCUCGCAGAGCCUUUUGACCCUGAAGGUGUUUUAGGUAGAGUCAACUCCGCUUUCAUGGCAGCUUCACAGAGAGCGAAAAGGCUCCUACUGAUGGAUGAUUUUGAUUUUAGCCUUCGGAGGAGUCCAAUAGACAGUGACAAGCUGGCGCUGUGUGCUCCCACCGCCGUAGGAAACCAGGUCGCUGCAUGCUGAACAGAGGUGACUGACACUGCUGGAAAGAAUAUCCUGUUGCACUGUAAACAAUCACUGAACCUUCUGAAGAGAUUUCUCAUCUGGGCUGUUUUGCUGGUCACAACAGGGAGAGUGAGGACCAGUGCUCUGCGCCAUGGUUUCCAUUGGUUCCUUUUGACUUGUAAACUUGUUCAUGGAAGUGGACACAAAUCACCCAUUUCCCAUUCUUUGGUAGCUUCUAUUAAUCCUAGAUUUAGACACUAGUUAAUCAUGCAACAGCAGUUUCCAUAAGAUGUACUUUCCAGGACAAUGACGUGGUUCUAGCUCAAACAUUCAUGACUCAGGAGUAUUGAAGAUCUUUGUGCCUGUCCUAAUUUAUGACAGCAAGAGAAGGCUUAUCUCCACUGUUUUUCCAAAGCACAUGAAUACGUGGCCUUUCCCUUGGUUUAUGGAGACAUCCCAAAUAUGCGUCUCAGUUCCCACUAUUAUCAGGCAUUUGUGAAAGACCCACAAACACUUGUGAAUAGCCCGAGGGGCGCCGGCACCGCUGAGAGCACAAGGGCGCGUUCUCCCGGCCGGUGGCAGCGGGGCGGGACCCGGGAGGACAGACGGAAGGAGCCGGCGGAGCGGCAUCCCCAAGAAGCAUCCCGGCGCUGUCCGUCCCGUCCCUGCUCGGUGUGGUGCGUCCCAUCGCGGCCCGCUGCCGCCGCCCUGGGCCAUGGGCCGGCCUGACUGAGAGCCCCCGGGACCCGCAGCGCGCCCGGUGCUGCCCGAAGCGCCGGCGGCCGAGGCGGGGCCGCAGGAGUCCCGGCACGGGGGAAGAUGCCCUCGGCGGGGCGGACGGCGGGAUUUCUCCUCCUCUGCGGGGUGGCCUUUGGCCUCUACUUCCCCAGGAAGGAGUACUCGGAGAACGUCUACGUUGAUCAGCCAGCAGGCACGCCGCUCCUGCGCAUUCAUGCCUUGAGGGAUUCACAUGGGGAAGUGGCCCACUUCCAUCUGUGCCAGAAUCUCAUCAUUUCUCGAGCAAGAUCCCACGAAAAUAAUUGGUUUCAAAUCAGAGAGAAAACAGGACUUCUCUACCUCAGCAAAAGUCUGGACAGAGAAGACUUUAACAUGCUGUCUGUAGGAAACUGGAUGCCGUUAUCAAAGGUGAUGCUGUAUGUCUUCCUUUCAUCCCACCCUUUCCAAGAGAAGGAAUGUGACUCUGCUACGCGUGCCACAGUUUUCCUCUCCUUAAUCAAUGCUACUGCCCCAGCUUGCAGUUCCCUGACAGCAAGGCAGCUUUGCUUCACAGAAAUGGAUCUCUCCUUUCACAUCAAAGAGAAUAAACCACCUGGCACAUUUCAUCAGCUCCAGUUGCCCUCAGUUCAUCAUCUGUGUCAGAAUCUCAGCAUUUCCUAUAAACUGCUGGCAGCUGAAGGUAUGCCCUUUCGCUACAACGAGAACACCACUGGCGUGAGUGUGACGCAGCGCUUGGAUCGAGAAGAGAGAGAGAGAUACGAGCUGAUUGCCAAAUGUACAGUGAGAGAGGGCUUCAGGGAAAUGCAGGUGGAGGUGCCCUUCCUGGUGAAUGUGUUAGAUGAAGAUGACUCCCCUCCCUUCCUUCCCAAUGGCACUGAUACUGCAGAUGCUGUCGUGGAGUUCAACAGAAAAGAGGGAACUGUCCUUGCAACGCUAACUGUAUAUGAUGCAGACACGACACCUAUUUAUCCCCUUGAAAGCAGCAGAAAGAAAUACACAGGAACCAUCAUUACCGAUGAUCCCUGGAUAAGUGAAACAUUUCGGGUAGAGCACAUCUUUGAUGAAAUCCACUUCAGCCCAAAUGGCAGCCAAGUGAGGGGAACUCAACAUGAAUACAAACUGGUACUGAAUAAAAGUAUUUCAGUCACUGAGCAUCGUUCCUUCCAGUUGGAUGUUUUGGUGAAUGACACAGAAUUUCAUGGCCCAGAAAGAUCGGUGAUGCUGCAUUUCAAUGUCUCCAUCCUGCCUGUCAGCAUUCAGUUUCCAAACAUGACUUACCAGUUCACAGUGAACAGAAACGCUGAACGUUUUGCACAAAUAGGAAAAAUCUGCAUCGAAAACUGUAUGAAAUUCCGUGGUGUGAACAUCUCCUACAAGUUACAGUCCCACAACACAAGCUGCUAUGCUGUCGGCAUACUUCAAGGCCGAGAAGAUAAAUAUGGAAGCCUUUACGUGAAUGACUCCUCUGUGCUACGCAGACCCGAAUGCAAGGAAAUACAAUACACAAUUCAAGCUACAGACAAGCAGAGCAGGAAACACACCAAAACCCUCCUCACUAUUGUAUUGGAAGGAACUCUUUUAAAGAAAGAGGAGGACUGCCCUGACUCGUGCGCUGUGAGUAAGCACCACGCUGAAUGCGAGGAGUGUGGUGGCCUGGGAGUGCUGACAGGACGAUGCCAGUGGAGACAGGGCAGUGGAAAAGGGAUCACCACAAACUACUCGACGUGUACCCCGAGUAUCAAGACUUGUCCAGAUGGCACUUGUGACGUGAUUGAGAGCAAAGACCCAGCCGUGUGCCCCCAAGACUGCACAAGUGCAAACAUUAUUGGUGGUCAUGGGAAAGGCACUGGAAAUCUUGGAAUUAGGUCAGGACAUGGGAUUUGUUACUGCUUCCCAAGACAGAACUGUUAUUGUGAGAAAGAUGAUAUCCAGGAGCAACUGUGUGAUGAUGUGUGCAAGACUGUGAUAGCAGGGGCAGUGCUGCUGUCCUUCAUCAUCUCUGUGCUGCUUUCUUCCUAUUUCAUCCAUCGGUACCACAAGAAUUCUCCGAAGCCACCUAUUGCCUCUGCAGAAAUGACGUUCCGACGCCCAGCCCAGUCCUACCCCAUCAGUUAUUCUUCCACUAAUGUCCGCCGGUCUUCUUUAGAUUCCAUGGAGAACCAGGUGUCUGUAGACACCUUUAAAAUACCAGAAGAUCCAAAGUGGGAAUUCCCUCGGAAGAACCUGGUUUUGGGCAAGACUCUUGGAGAAGGAGAAUUUGGAAAGGUUGUCAAGGCAACAGCAUUCCGACUCAAGGGAAGAGCUGGCUAUACCACUGUGGCAGUAAAAAUGCUAAAAGAAAAUGCUUCCCAGAGCGAGCUGCGAGAUCUGCUUUCGGAGUUCAACCUUCUGAAACAGGUGAACCAUCCUCACGUCAUCAAACUUUAUGGAGCCUGCAGUCAAGAUGGCCCACUGUAUUUAAUUGUGGAAUAUGCUAAAUACGGCUCCUUGCGGAGUUUUCUCAGGGAAAGUCGAAAAGUAGGACCAAGCUAUGUGGGUAGUGAUGGCAACAGAAAUUCAAGUUAUUUGGACAAUCCUGAUGAGAGAGCCUUAACAAUGGGAGAUCUGAUAUCAUUUGCAUGGCAGAUAUCCCGAGGAAUGCAGUACCUCGCAGAAAUGAAGCUCGUCCAUCGAGAUUUAGCAGCCAGAAAUGUAUUGGUGGCAGAAGGGCGCAAAAUGAAGAUUUCAGAUUUUGGCCUCUCCCGUGAUGUAUAUGAAGAAGAUUCAUAUGUCAAGAGGAGCAAGGGCCGCAUACCUGUUAAAUGGAUGGCCAUAGAGUCCCUAUUUGAUCAUAUCUAUACAACACAAAGUGAUGUAUGGUCAUUUGGAGUUCUGCUAUGGGAGAUUGUAACUUUGGGAGGCAAUCCCUACCCAGGUAUUGCUCCUGAAAGACUCUUUAACCUCCUAAAAACAGGCUAUAGAAUGGAGAGACCAGAAAACUGCAGUGAAGAAAUGUACAACCUGAUGCUGCGCUGUUGGAAGCAAGAACCGGAUAAAAGACCAACAUUUGCUGAGAUCAGCAAGGAACUAGAGAAAAUGAUGGUGAAGAGUAGGGACUACUUAGAUCUCGCAGCUUCCACACCUUCUGAUUCCUUACUUUAUGAUGAUGGGCUCUCAGAAGAGGAGACACCACUCGUGGACUGUAAUAAUGCUCCCCUCCCUCGAACCCUUCCUUCCACAUGGAUUGAAAACAAACUCUAUGGCAUGUCAUACCCGAACUGGCCUGAGGAGAGCCCCGUUCCACUCACAAGAUUCGAUGGCACUAACUCUGUGUUUUCAAGAUAUGCAAAUGAUAGUGUAUAUGCUAACUGGAUGGUUUCACACUCAGCGGCAAAAUUUAUGGACAAGUUUGAUAGCUAAAAUUUUCUUUGUGAAAGGUAAUGGACUCGUGAGGGGAACCAAGAUGCAAAGAAUGGAAAGUCCAUUGGCUCGUUCUUUGUACAAUCAACUAACUUUUAAAUUGGCAAACCCGUUUAUUGGUAGUUUCUGAAGUGUGUUAUUCAUGCUGAAAACUAUAAUCGGUGAUUUCCCCUUUCAAAAAACAUAUCAAGCUGGAUAAGAGUUGCAGUUCCAGUACUUCUUUCUACAGAUUGCCAUUUUGCAUAUGGUUCCGUUUGGCAACUUCUUACGGCAAAUGGCCUCGCUCUGCAUUUUCGCUGGUUUUUAGACUAACCAUCCCGUGUUCCAGCUUUCUUGGAUGGGAAAAUGUACUUGAACUGCUACUUUUAUAGUGGCUGUUAGCGUACAACCACUUGUUUUAAGCAGAAAGCACAAACAAUAUAUGGAAGGGAGGGGGGAAAUAGGCUCCAAAAUUACUUGAGGUUGCUAUCAAAUGAGAAGUGUUAUGAUAAGUUUGGCACUAAAGAAGGCUGUAUCUUGGUUUGGAAAAAAACAUUAAGUAACUCAAUAGAGGACUUGAGAUUCAACAUUUGAAGUCUUGGAAAAUGUACUGCCUUGUCUUAAUGAGAAGAGAGUUUGUUUUAUUAGUCUUAACUUCUCUUACCUUUAGCACAAUGGAGAUCAAUUUGAUAGAAGAUAAGCUGUAUAGACUGAUGGCAAUCAAGAGUGUUCAUCUGACCCAAUUUACUUUCCAUCACCUACAUCUUACUAAUGUUAAAACGUACAAUCUUGUACAAUCAUAAUUCCUAUUAUGAGUUCAAAAUAGAGUGUAUGGGAUUUUUAGAUUUAAUUCAAGUAAAGAGAUUUUGUUUGCAGUCACGUUCAGUAGGUUGGAGUCCUCCUCUCAGCUCCAAAUUGGAUACACUGCCAUGCAUAGGACACUGCCAUGACAUAACUCCAAAUAAACCUAUUACCUUGGAAGUAAUGAGUAAGCAACACUUGUACUGCAAAAUUGGUCUAAAACUCUACUGUUAAUGAAACUAUACAAGGAAGAUGUCUUUGAAAUUUGUUAAGGUGAAAUAUAACAAUGUUGAGCUUACAACACUGACUGGAUAUUUGGGAGAGCAAUCAGAUUGUAGGCCAUGUGUUCCACGUGGAAGAGUAAAUGAUCAGCACUAUUUUUGUCUUUAUUUGUAAUCCAGUAUGGUUGAAGAUAACUUUUUGUUUGCUACAAAUGUUGGGACAUGAGUCCCGAGUGACUCGUUGUUAGCAUUGUGAUGGUUAUUCUAAAUAAUCCAGUUCUUCUACCAAAGCUUGCUCCUGUCAUAAUUCAAUUUAGCUGUUUUCAGAUGUUGUUUUGUGUAUCAACUUUAUGUUUUCAUUAAAGUCUGUGAUUUCAGAAA